CCCCCACCAUUUUUUCCCCGCUUCUUUUCUCCCACCUUCCCAAAGUUCCAAACACUUCUCUCCCUCCUGGAGUAGUUCACAUCUCUGUUCAUCAUCUCUCUUCCUGGUGCUGCUUGUUUUUCAGGGAUAAUUGAGUUGAGAUACUUUGAACAUUUUACUACUAUAUUUUCGUGUCCAGGCCUCAACCGUUCUCUCUCACUCUAGCCAUGGCAGCCGUCCCUGGGACUACAGAAUCUCUCGAAUACGUCUGCAACCUAACCGACGUCGGAUCAAUAACGCGGCUACUCCACGAAUACGUAUCCUACCAGAGAACCCUUGGCCUCAACCUCGACGCCACCCUCUCCCACCGCAUCGAUCUAAACAACCACCUCUCCGACCUCCACAAAUCCUCCGCCGACGUCCUCCCCGUCAUCAAGUCCGACUCCGACCACACUCUCUCCAACCUCCGAUCCACCUCUGACCUCGCCGACCAGGUCACCCGCAACGUCCGCACCCUCGAUCUCGCCCAGUCACGCGUCAGCCGCACCCUCCUCCUCAUCGACGCCAUCGUCGAUAGGGCCAAUUGCAUCGACGGCGUCGUUAAAGCCCUAGAUUUCGAAGACUUUGAGUCCGCCGCCAAUUACGUCCACACUUUCCUUCAAAUUGAUGCCAAGUACGAGGAUUCGGGUUCUGAUCAGAGGGAGAAGCUAUUGGCGUACAAGAAUCAGCUCGAACGCAUUGUACGGAAGAGAUUAUCGGUGGCUGUGGAUCAGCUUGGCCACCCCUCGAUCCUCCGCUUCAUCAGGUUAUGUUCCCCUCUCGGCCUCGAGGAAGAAGGGUUGCAGGUGUACGUAACCUAUUUGAGGAAAGUCAUUGCAAUAAGAUCGAGGGUUGAGAUUGAGCAAUUGGUGGAACAAUCCUCUGCAAAUCAAAACCAGGUAAACUUCGUGGCAUGUUUGACCAGCUUAUUCAAAGACAUUGUAUUGGCUGUAGACGAAAACGAUGAGAUUUUGCGUAGUCUGUGUGGGGAAGAUGCAAUCGUUUACGCAAUAUGUGAACUUCAAGAGGAAUGCGAUUCUAGGGUUUCUUUAGUUUUGAAAAAGUACUUGGAUUAUAGAAAAUUUGCUAAAUUAACUGCGGAGGUUAAGUGUUAUAAGAGUAAUUUGCUCUCUGUUGGAGUUGAAGGACCUGAUCCUAGGGAGAUUGAGUUGUACGUGGAAGAAAUAUUGUCCCUUACACAAUUGGGGGAAGACUACAUGGAACACAUGGUCUCAAAGAUCAGGGGUUUGAGUUCGGUUGAUCCGGAGUUGGGUCUGAGAGCCAUGAAAGCUUUUAGGAGUGGAAACUUCAGUAAGGUUGCUCAGGAGAUUAGCGGGUAUUAUGCCAUUUUAGAGGGAUUCUUUAUGGUGGAAAAUGUGAGGAAGGCUAUAAACAUUGACGAGCACGUACAUGACAGCCUCACCACUUCCAUGGUGGAUGAUGUCUUCUAUGUUUUGCAAAGUUGCUGUAGGAGGUCCGUGUCCACAUCAAACAUUAACUCUGUGAUUGCAGUUCUUGGUAGUGCAGUGAGUUUGUUGGGCAGCGAGUACAUUGAUGCAUUGCAGCAUAAAAUGAGAGAAUCCAAUCUUGGAGCAAAGCUGUUUUUGGGCGGUGUUGGCAUGCCAAAGACUGGAACAGAAGUUGCUACGGUUCUGAAUAAUAUGGAUGUCAGUAGUGAGUAUGUACUAAAAUUACGGCAGAAGAUUGACGAGCAAUGUUCAGAGGUAUUUGUUGCACCAGCAGAUGUAGAGAGGGUGAACUCCUGUUUGUCUGAAUUGGGCGAGAUGAGCAACAGCUUCAAAAAAGCCUUGAAUGUUGGAAUGGAGCAACUUGUAGCAACUAUGACAGGUAGGAUCCGUCCGGUAUUAGACAGUGUAGCAACCAUAAGUUACGAGCUGUCUGAGGCUGAAUAUGCUGACAAAGAGGUGAACGACCCAUGGGUCCAGCGACUUAUUCAUUCUGCUGACUCUAAUGUAGCAUGGCUCCAGCCGCUAAUGACUGCAAAUAAUUACGAUUCAUUCGUCCAUUUAGUCAUUGACUUCAUUGUGAAGAGGCUUGAAGUGUUCAUGAUGCAAAAAAGGUUCAGUCAGCUUGGAGGUCUUCAACUUGACAGAGAUACGAGAGCACUAGUGAGCCAUUUCUCAAGCAUGACUCAGAGGACUGUUCGGGACAAAUUUGCUCGCCUUACCCAGAUGGCGACGAUCUUGAACUUAGAAAAGGUUUCUGAGAUUCUGGAUUUCUGGGGUGAGAAUUCAGGACCCAUGACCUGGAGACUUACUCCUGCUGAGGUUAGGAGAAUGUUGGGUCUGAGGGUCGAUUUUAAACCUGAACCAAUUGCUGCUCUUAAGUUGUAAACCCUGUCUAUACAGAAGACAUCAUCCACCAUGAAGCCCAACAGGAUUUGGUGAACUUUUGAAGACCAAUUCCCAAUCCGACACCUCAUGUUCUUGAUUGACGAUUUCUUCUACCAGAUAGAAUUUUAUCCACUUCAUUACAACUUACAAUUGGUUCUUGUACUUCUUCCCACUCAUUUAGAAUUUUUAUUUUGAUAGCUGGUGUCUCGCUCAAUAGUGAGAUUAAUUUGGGAGGCCAAACCGACCGAUCAAGUCAAGACACAACCCCACAUGGACCGGCUCAACACCGGAGUUGAUAGUGCACAGGUGAUAGUCAAACCCCUGAUCAAUGUAACUAUAUUUUGUAAUCUUGGGACGCGCUUACUACUUUCUUUUUUUUCGCUAUGAAGGGCUUGUAUUUGGCAAUUCCACUGUCAACUUCACUCAUGUGUCAACAGAUGCCAAACUUAGGUUAAUCAUGAAUGCAAUGACUUAAACUAUGGAAAAGUGCA